ACAUAAUGUAAGAAAAACCGGGAUUGCUCCGAGACCGAUUGUGUAGCUCGACUGUUUGUUAUAGUUACUGUUGUAUAAAUUAAACGUGUGGGUUGUUUGGGCCCGUUUGUAACGAUACAAAGUCUACGUGUUCGGAUGCAGUUGUUGUUGUUAGUCCCACCCAAAAUGGAGCCUGUCCUUCCUUGUUCACGGUAGACUUGAAGGGCUGGACUCAACUAGAAUGGGAGCACGGGUGGAUCUACCCAAAUAAUCCGGACUUUUACCGCCUUCAAACCCACUUUUGUCGGAGAACGGAAGACUGCGAUCCACGUCCUGGACCCGGACAAGUCAUGUUUGACUCCAAGAAGCCUCUGGAUGCAUCUGGAGCCAAGUGGUAGGUGACGUGCUUGGCGACAGGCCCGUCAUCCUUCUGCUAUGGAGACCAAGCAGGAAUCGGCUGCCGUGUGGAGUCAAGCUGAUGCCAGUGAUUCCAGCAACGCCACACAGGUGCAUUUUGAAGGUGGCACCGUGGCCCAGAUAGUGUACAGUGGCGAUCAGGCGGACCGGGGACAGCAGCAGGUGGUUUAUACAGCAGAUGGGAACUCCUACACCUCAGUAGAGCCCGGAGAGCACACCCUGGUCUACAUUCAUCCAGCCGAUGGCACCCAGACUGUAUUUGCUGAUCAGCCUCAAGUUGCUUAUAUACAGCAGGAUGGGACAACUCAACAGGUAACAGUUUUGCUGCCUGGAGGGCAGAACAUGAACGCUGCCAAUCUGCAUGUCCUCAGUAAUGUAGCUGAGGCUCCACAAGCGAUCUUGGAGCCAGUUUCCCAGGAGCAGCUGUCUGUGUCUAAUUCCCUCACCUCCUUGGCCGACAUCACGGACCCUCCCACCAGUCCCCUGGGAGCCACAGACUCCACAGAAGAUUCUGAUGAAGAGGAGGAUGAAGAGUCAGAAGUAGAUGACUGGGAGCCUUCUCAGCCUCAGGCGUUCAACCCACACAACCUCUGGUGUGAGGAGUGUAAUGCUGCCAACCCCUCUGUAUGUCUGAAGCACGGCCCUCUGCAUCCCAUCCCCAGUCGCCCAGUGAUGUCCAAGGCGCGGGCCAGUCUGCCUCUGGUGCUCUACAUCGAUCGCUACCUUGGUGGGCUGUUCUCUAAGAGACGCAUCCCAAAACGCACACAGUUUGGUCCUGUGGAGGCUCCUUUGGUCCCUCAGAGUGAGCUCCAGAAUCACUACAUACAUCUCAAACUGUGCACACUGGAUACAGAGAAGGAUGGAGAAAAGUCAGACGACACGUGGCUGGACCUUUCUGAUGAAGACAGCUGUAACUGGAUGAUGUUUGUGAGGCCAGCUCAGAACCACCUGGAGCAGAACCUGGUGGCUUAUCAGUACGGUUCAGAAAUAUUUUACACAACCAUCAAGAACAUCCAACCCAAACAAGAGCUCAAGGUGUGGUAUGCGGCAUCGUAUGCUGAGUUUGUAAAUAAAAAAAUUCAUGAUGUUACAGAAGAAGAGAGAAAAGUGCUGCGGGAGCAGGAGAAGAACUGGCCUUGUUACGAGUGUAACCGCCGCUUUGUGAGCUCUGAACAACUGCAGCAGCAUCUCAACAUGCAUGAUGACAAGUUAAACUCUGUUUCCAGGUCCCGUGGCCGAGGUCGAGGAAGAGGCAGGAAGAGAUAUGGUACAGGAAGAAGGCCAGGACGCCCACCGAAGUUUAUACGUUUGGAUCCCCCAGUAGAGAAGGCGGAAAUGCUGGAGCUGACUGAGAAGCCACUCGAGGAGCGAACAGAGGGGGUUCAGAAUGGGCUGACUGUGGUAGAGAAGGAGCCAGAACCAGAGCCAGAGGCAGAGACUGAGACCGAAGCAGAGACUCAGCCUGUACCUCCUGCAGGGGAAUCAGUGACUGAGCCCACCACUCCGCCCUCCAGCACAGAGACGCCUGUGCCCUUAAAGGAGGACCCGGGACAGAACAACCAGCCAGAGACCCACCUCACAUCCCAGGACAUGCGUCGUGCCAAGAGGAUACGGAAUGCAGCACUGCAACAUCUUUUCAUCAGGAAGAGCUUCCGUCCUUUUAAAUGCACCCAGUGCGGCAAGGCCUUCAGGGAAAAAGACAAGCUGGAUCAGCACCUGCGGGUCCACGGCCGGGACGCCUUCGUAUUCUCCUGCCACCAUUGUAGCAAGAGCUUCACAAGCGUCUUGGCUCUGGAGGACCAUCUGCUGGUGCACAGAGGGAAUCGCUCUUACUCUUGCCUCUUAUGCCCAGAAACCUUUGAAAGGUCGGACUUGCUGAAGGAUCAUGUGGUUGUGCAUGCUGUGAACGGCUACUACACGUGUUCCUCCUGCAAGAACAAGUUUAGUGACUACAUGCAGAUGAAGAAGCAUAUCCGCUGCUUCCAUUCAGAAAAGGUCUUUCAGUGCUCUGACUGUGAAAAGUCCUUCUGCCGGCCGGACAAGCUGCGUCUGCACAUGCUGCGCCAUUCUGACCGCAAGGACUUCCUGUGCUCAACCUGUGGUAAACAAUUCAAGAGGAAAGAUAAGCUGCGGGAACACAUGCAGCGCAUGCACAACCCGGACAGAGAGGCAAAAAAGGCGGAUCGAAUCCAGCGCGCCAAGAUCCUCAAACUGAAGGUGCCUGCCUCAGACUUUGAGAGCUUCAUGUUCAAAUGCAGAGUGUGCAUGAUGGGAUUCAGGCGCAGAGGAAUGCUGGUGAAUCAUUUGUCCAAGCGGCACCCGGAGAUGCGUAUUGAUGAUGUGCCUGAGUUAACGCUUCCGAUUAUCAAGCCCAACAGGGACUACUUCUGCCAAUACUGUGACAAGGUGUACAAAAGUGCAAGUAAAAGGAAAGCCCAUAUUCUGAAGAACCACCCUGGUGCAGAGUUGCCCCCCAGCAUUCGUAAGUUGCGCCCAGCUGGUCCCGGUGAACCAGACCCCAUGCUGAGCACGCACACCCAGCUGACGGGCACCAUUGCCACUGCACCAGUGUGUUGCCCACACUGUGCCAAACAGUACAGCAGCAAGACUAAGAUGGUUCAGCACAUUAGGAAGAAGCAUCCAGAGUUUGCCCAGCUCGCCAACACAAUCCAGGCGCCUCUGACGGCUGCUGUGAUCAGUAGUGCCCCUGCAGUCAUUAGUGCUGACGGUACCACUGCUGAGGCUGUAGUGACCACAGAUCUGUUGACUCAGGCCAUGACGGAGCUGUCUCAGACGUUGACCACAGACUAUCGGACUCCACAAGGGGACUACCAGAGGAUCCAGUACAUCCCUGUCUCCCAGGCAGCAGGCAACCUGCCCCAGGCGCAGCACAUCCAGCUGCAGGUGGUGCAGGUGGCGCCGGCGUCAUCCCCACAUUCCCAGCACCCGACAGUAGAUGUGAGUCAACUGCAUGACCCUCAUGGCUAUAGCCAACACUCCAUCCAGAUACAACACAUCCAGGUCACCGAGCCCUCAACCACAGGACAGGCAACCACACAGGUUACUGGGCAGCCUCUAAGCCCUACCUCCCAGCAGGCUAAUCAGGAGCUGAGCCCUGCCCAACUGACCCCUGUGACCUUACCGCAGACCCACACCUUGCAGACCACCAGCACCCAGCAACAGGGGACUGUGCAGCAUACUUACAUACCGGGAAACUGGAACUACAGAGGCUACCCAUCUGAAAUUCAGAUGAUGGCUCUACCUCACACCCAGUAUGUGAUUGCUGAGACCAGCACACCUGUAUCUGGAGUCAACAACAACAACCAGGUCAAAACGACACACUACGUCAUCUCAGACGGCCAGAACGAACUGGAGACGAAGCCUGUUCUUCAGAACACGACCCAGGACCAGGCUGAACAUCUGGAGGAGCAGCCGGCCAAUCAGCAAGCGACCACACAGUACAUCAUCACCACAACCACCAACGGCAGCGGCAGCAGCGAAGUCCAUAUCGCAAAACCAUGAACUGUUCUUGAUGAACCACUGAAUGAUGCACAUGCAGAGGACCAGGGAUCCGUGUACAUACAGAGAUGAAAUGAAAUGAGAAGAUGAUCGAGGAGAACACAGUUUUAUGUGUCUAAGAGAAGAGAGGCUUUGACAAGACCUGAGGAAUAUUCCAUCAAACACAGGGGCCCUGUUCAAGCCUAUAAAUCAUGCAACAUUAGGAAGAUCAUGUCUGGAAAAGCAAGUUGAUCUCUACUAAUACAGAUGUGGAUGCCCAUUUCACAUAUUUAAGCCACAGGCGAUUCUGGAAGCGUUGUAAAGUAUUUGUAAAUGAAAGAAAUGCAGAAUUGAAAAAUACUGAAAUCAGUUGUUUGAAUGAACUCAUUUUGAUUUAGCACAUCCUCUGGACUAUUGUAUGCUGCCAUUUUCUUUAAUUAAUUUUAUCUUUGAAUUGUCUCACACACCCGUUCUUAGGAUUUCAACAUCAGUUCCACUCAUCAAGUGCCACCAAGGGCUUUAGGUUAUGUAUUAAUGGCCUUUGUUUUCACAGUGAGUUCUUAUGGAUGCAGUUAAUCCUCAAGUGUUGGACACAAAAGACUGACAGAUUUGAGACAAUGAAAUGUGGAGGUUUCUCUGCCUGAAUGUUUGGGGUCUGUUUCACCUCGGUACUCAUUCUGUUAUUCUGUGUUAACAACACUCAGUGAUGCACUGUGUCCUGCAGGUCACUGCAGCAGAUGGAGAUGCUCAACGUAAGAAAUAUGAUUUUUAAGGGGUAUGUUCCUUGUGAAAAUGUAAACCCUCUCAUUGAGUUUCUCUAGAUUAUCUUAUUUAUUUUCUUGUUCAUUUUGACAGCACAGGUAAAAGCAGUGCAAAGAGGCUGAAGUCAGAUGCUGUUCGCGAGCCCAUUAUUUAUAUUGUGACAACUUGUACAAAGUUCUGUUGAAUACAGGAGGAAUAUCAUGAGGUCGUUUACAGCAGUUCCUGAUGCAGAUGAUUUUGUUCACAAAUCCAAGAAUUAAACAGUUUUAUAGUA